AUGCCCUUCAUACAAACCCACCCAGAAGCUCUUAUGUGGCAAAAGAAGAUAACAAUGAUUACUAGAAAUUCCAAAAAAUGGCAUAAGCUGCAGAAAGAUAAUUCUAGAAUAUUCUCAAAGUUGUACUCUUGGAACUCAAAUGCCUUUAUAGAGAUUAAUGCUAUUAAGAAGGUUCUCAAGGACACUUUUGACAUCAAAAUUAAUGCCACCAAGUCUAUGAUGGGGCACUGCCUUGACAUAACUAGGGGUUUGGAAGCUAUUGUCAUUGUUAAAGCCAUAACAACAUGA